AUGAGCCAGUCCAAAAGAUACAUACAAACCACUUUGUUUGGAGGCAAGAUUGACUCUACGCCGAAACGAGCUAAAAUAUUGGAUCCGAAGGUUGAAAGUCAUAAAAGGAACGGUUCAGAUCCAUCUGACUGGCUCCAAGAUUUGGAAAAUGCCGCGCGUAAAAAUGGUGGUAAUGCGACCCCGUCAGGAAUUGAACCAGCGUGUCAAGAUGAGGAGAAAAGUAGUGUGGCAGAAAAGCAUGUAGAACAGCUCCUGAUGGCAGAUGACUUGGUGGGAGAUGACUUGGUAGGAGAUGGUGCUCAUCAAUUUGGCCAUGUCAGUAUAUUGGAUGAGCAUUUUAAUCCAGCUCUGGAGACAUGCGAUGACUGGCAAGCGUUUACUGGGAGCGAUAACAAGAAACACUAUAUUGAUGACCAGUACUUAUUUUCGAGACUGGCAGAUGCUUGGUACGCAAUCGAGUCGUUGAAGAAUAGCGGUUCUGGUUCAAAGAAAAAGUCGUGGAUGAUAUUGGGAAAUUGUUUCCGAUCGAUCUUAUAUCAUUGUCCCAGUCAGUUGUUGUAUGCAUUGUAUUUGUCGAUGCAAAAGUUGGGACCUACAUAUUUUGGUAUAGAGACAGGUAUAGGAGAGAAUACACUUCUGAAGAUAACUUGUGAGUUGUAUUCUCGUAGUAUCAAUCAAGUUAAGGAGUUGUUGAAGAAAUCGGGAGAUCUGGGUACGAUAGCUUACGAGUCAAAAAUUGGGAUGACGACAUUGUAUAAGCCGCCUAGACUUACAUUGGAGUAUGUAUUUAAACAAAUGUUGGAGAUUGCGAAUCAUCAAGGCCAGAAUUCGCAACUGCGGCGUCGAGAGGGUUUAAAACGAUUACUGGUACCGGCUAUAGAUCAGGAGCCCAAGUAUAUAAUAAGGUUCUUCCAAAAACAACUUCGAAUAGGUGUAAAAACACCGACAAUUAUACAGGCAUUGACGCAUGCAUUUUUAUUAUCAAAGCCGUUACAUCAAAACCGGCAAGGAAGCUUUGUAGAAAAUGAGGACUUUAAUACUGCUGUACAAGACCUUACCCAUACCGGGGUUACUCCGUUGGUGCUCAGUUACAUAUCCAGUCAUCUGAAGUUUAAGUGUUACAGCACCAAACACAGGUCCUUAUUUGACCACCAAGAAUGCGACGAUACCAAGGAUGCCACUGGGAACAAUAAGGUACGUGAUGGAGAUAAGAUACUUGAUGGCGAGGACCGUAAGACCGAGGACUGUAAGACCGAGGACUGUAGGACCGAGGACUGUAAGACCGAGGACUGUAAGACCGAGGACCGUAAGACCGAGGACUGUAAGACCGAGGACUGUAAGACCGAGGACUGUAAGACCGAGGACUGUAAGACCGAGGAGCCGGAAAAUCGUUUUCCCGUUGAAGGUAAAACAGAGCAAGAAAAGUGGGAAAUAUGUAUCCGUGAAUGUUAUAGUAGACUGCCUAACUUGGGCGUGGUUGUAUUUUACUUGAUGCACGGGCUUACCCGAGAACAAUUACAUGAACGAUGUCAGUUAUCUCCAGGCAUACCUGUAGCACCUAUGCUGGCGAAGCCCACUAAAAGUUAUACCACAGUACUUAAUAAUAUGGAGGGGUUGGAAUUUCGAGCUGAAUUCAAAUAUGAUGGAGAAAGACUACAGAUUCACAAGGACGAUCACAAUAAUGUAUCACUAUUCUCUAGGAACAUGGAGAGGCUAGAUCAAAAGUAUCCUGAUGUUCGGGAUCGAGUUAUAAAUAAUUUGAAAUGUAAUGAUUGUAUACUUGAUUCUGAAGUUGUUGCUAUCAAUCCAGCUACUGGUAAGAUUGAACCAUUCCAAGUAUUAAGUACAAGAAAACGGAAGGAUGUGGAUGCGGAAUCAAUUGAUGUUCAAGUAUGUUUGUUCGUUUUCGAUUGUCUUAGAUGUAAUGGGAAAUCGUUAGUAGAUCUUGAGUUGUAUAAACGAUUGGAACAAUUGGAGAAAUGUUUCAACCCCGUAUCCAAUGAAAUGGAGUUUGCAAGGGGUCAGAAUUGUUCGGACCAGUCCGAACUGGAGGUGCUAAUGGAUGAAGCGAUACAAAAACAAACCGAGGGGUUGAUGAUCAAAGUACUUAAGGGGUCCAAAGCAAGAUAUGAACCGAGUAAAAGAACUGUAAAUUGGUUAAAGCUCAAAAAAGACUAUCUGGACUCAUUAGGGGACUCAUUGGAUCUUGUUGUUAUCGGCGCAUUUUACGGCAAAGGAAAAAGAUCCGGCGCUUAUGGCUCAUUCCUCAUGGCAAUAUAUGAUAACGAGGAAUAUUAUUCCAUAACCAAGGUGGCUACUGGAUUUUCUGAACAAGACUUGCAAAAUAUUUAUCAGGACUUACAAACACACGUGUGCGAUCAAAAACCGUAUUAUUACAACACAAGAAUUCAACCUGAUGUUUGGUUCAGUCCGCAGCAGGUAUGGGAAAUUAGAGCCGCUGACCUGUCCCUGUCCCCGGUGCAUACUGCUGCUAUCAACAAGAUGAAUACCGAUAAUAAAGGUAUUGCUUUACGCUUCCCGAGAUUCAUUAGAGUCAGGGAAGACAAACAAACUGAACAGGCCACCAAGCCUUCGCAGGUAGUUGAGAUGUACUACGCACAAUUUAACAAUAAUCAAGAAAUCCUUGAGGAUGAUACGGAGGAUUUUCUCAUAUAA